AUGGAUUUGGUUCAAAAGAAAAUUAAAAUCUAUUAAUCUCUCUCUUGCCCUUUCUGCUAAAAGGUUAAGUUAGCUAUGGAAUUAUUAAGUGUUCCUUACUUCUAGUAUGAAAUUGAUAUCGCCAACUUCGAACAUGAAUAAGAAUGGUUUAAGCAAAUCAACCCUGAAUAAACUGUUCCUGCCUUGAUCCUCACUGAUAACACACCAGCUUUUGAAUCAUUCCCAUUCAUUAAGAAGUUAGACAGUGAAAAUGUCAAUGUUUUCUCUAAACAAAACGGAGAAAAUUAUGAAACAGCUUUAAAAAUUGUCUCAACUUAGUUAGGAAAGGCCUUCUGGACAUAUCUUAACGCUUGGGGAAAAGCUGAAAACAAGAAUGAUCCUAGUCUUGAUGAAUUAUACAAAAACUUACAUGAUGUUUUAGUUUCUUUGGCUAAGGAAUACAAAUUCGAAAACUCAUUCUUCUUUGGAAGCAAAGAACAUCCUUCCUUAUUUGAUGUUGGUUUCUUCUCUAACAUUUACUAAGUUUACUUACUCAGCAAGCUCAUUUUGAAAAAAGACGUCUUUAGCUCUACUAUUGCUGAAGAGGAUGCUGCUUUAAAAAAAUUCCUCACCUACAUUAACUUCACCUCUAAACUUGAAGAAUUCUAAAGAGUCACUUACAAGCCUGCUCACCUUCCCGAAGAAGGAACAAAUUUCUACUUGAAAGAAAAUGAAAUCACUAUUCCUGAUUAAUUCAACUAUGAAGAUUUUUUGGUUGCAACUGUUUGCAAAAAAUAUAAUCUUAAAAUCUGA